UCCAGACUGGCCGCACAGACAUGAAGCUCAAGUGUAUCUGCGAGAUAUGCACCUGCGGGCGUCACCGUUGCCCCCACAUGCCUACAAAGAUUUUUGAGAAAUCAGGAAAGCCGUGUGUACUUACAGAAUAUGUUGAAAAGUACCCUCAGUAUGAUAACUUCCAACCUACAAAGAGCUUGAAACCAAACCAAGAGUACCGAGGAAACCAUGGGAAAAUGGAAGGAAUAACAACCUUUAAGUCAGAUUUCAUACCAUAUGAUGUUGUAGGCCGCCCUGUACGCCCACAUGCAGAAUAUCAACCAAAACCUGGUAAUAUUGACCUUGGAACAACCUAUAAUAAGGAUUAUAACCCUUAUAAAAUACAACCUAUGGCACCUGUGCGGCCAGUGGAAAGGCGACCAACUUAUGUUGGAAAGUUUGAUACCAACCCUACAUAUAAAGAUGACUUCAGGGCAUGGGAUAUGCAAAAAAGGGAACUUGCAAAACAUGAUAAUGCGUAUCAGCCUCCAACAGGAAAGUUUGGAAAUUCAACUACUUUUCAGGAUGACUAUUUUCCAAAGGAACUUAUGCCAAGAGAGAGCUAUAAGCCAUCUAACAUAGCUAAACAUAGUGACAUUCCUUUUGAUGGUACGACAAGUCACCGCACUUCUUAUGUUCCCUAUGACAUUGUACCAAGGUUUGCAAGACAAAAAGAACAGUUUAAGCCUAGUAGCCAGCCUUUUGAAGACCUAACCACCCAUCGUUUGAAUUUUAAGGGUGUACUUGGAGAGCUAACAAAAAGCUAUAAACCUGAGCAUGGCAAGGUUGGUAGCAGUGCUAAGUUUGAGGGCAGCACUGAAUUCAAAGAUAGUUUUCAGCCAUGGUCAGUAAAUAUGCCCCAUGUCCACAAAUCUCAAGAGUAUAUUCCACCAACCACCCACAUGGAAUUAGAUACUACAACUCAUCUUGAUUAUGUUCCACAUCAGUUGGGUUUCAUUGCCCCCAUCAGACCAGUUUCUCAUGGAAGGAGAAGCAAUGCACCAUUCCAAGGAAAUUCGACUAUGAAAGAUGACUUUAGAGCCUGGGAAACUGGACGUCAAGAAAUGAUUAAGAAAGAUCAUCAAAUUCCAAAGCCCACUGGAAAGUUUAAUGGACUAACAACCUUCAAAUCCCAUUACCAACCUCAUGAAAUACAUCUAACGCAAAGCUUUAAGCCUUCAAAUGCAGCACUCCGCAGUUCUGCUCCAUUUGAGAGUGGAACAUUGUAUCGCUCUGAUUUUACACCCAAGGCAAAUGAAAUCUGCCCAGCAAAUUAUCCAUCCCCUCCUGGCUAUGUCUUUGAAAAUAUUGAUACUCGAGGUCAUAAAAUAUUUCGGAAAAUGCUUACACCAGGAAUGAAUGUAUUUUCUAAGUUAAAUGAAGACAACCUUGCAAAGGCUAUUGCAGUGAUUUCUUAAGUAAAGUUCUGCAUUGAUCAUCAUCAUGUAAUAAAACGCAUUGCAUUAUUUAAGAAUAGUGCAAUUAAAUCAG